AUGUACGACUUCACUCCGCUUCGAGACGAUAUAUCGCCAGGUGAUGUUCUCUUGCCUGGAGAUGAUGGCUAUGAGGAAGUGUUGCAAAGAUGGAGCGCGGCUUGCGUGAAGAGAGCAGCAGCUAUCGUGUUACCGAUUAACUCGCAAGAGGUGUCCACGGCAGUCAAAUUUGCAGUUUCGAAUCAGAUACCAAUGACCGUAUGUGGUGGUGGCCACUCAUCCAGCGGUGCCUCGUCAUCAGAGGGCAUGGUCAUUGAUCUACGAAAGAUGCGAAAGGUCAGAGUCAACGCAGAAGCCAUGAACGUCGAGUUCGAAGGGGGCUGUCUAUGGGAAGAUGUCGAUAUAGCCCUCGAGCGGGAUGGCCUAGCGACAGUCGGAGGUGUCGUCAAUCACACAGGGGUUGGAGGACUUACACUCGGCGGAGGCCAUGGUUUUCUCACACCUCGACACGGUCUUACCAUUGACAACUUGUUGAAGGCGGAAGUUGUUCUUGCAGAUGGGACGAUAGUCGAAGCGUCUGAAGAUACGAACCGUGAUCUGUUCUGGGCUAUUCGAGGCGCUGGUGCACAGUUUGGAGUCGUAACUCGCUUCGUAUCUCGAGCUCAUCAACAAGACAAAGUCUGGAGCGGAACUUUGGCGUACUCGGCUGAUAAGCUACCUGACUUGUUGCGCUUUGCGAAUGUGUUGUAUGGAAGACCCAACUCAGAAGGGCAUUGUAUCGCAUUGGGCAUUGGCUUUGGACCUGACGAGACAGCCCGUGUCGUCUCUACUAUCCCUUUAUUCCAUGGCUCAGAAGCAGAUGCCAAGAGAUAUUUCUCUGGCCUCCUCGAGAUAGAAGCAACCGCUGACGAUACGGAGAUGAUGACGACGGCGAAGACGAACACGCUCCUCAACUCCGUAAUGGACCACGGCAUCCGACGACUCAUGGGCUCAGGCAACAUCACAAUGCCUCUAGAUAUCGAACCAAUGGUACAAACAGCAGAAACAUUCUGGGGAUUCUGCGAAGCACACAAUGGAAUGGGCAAGUCUGUCUUGGCUAUUGAGUUCUUCCCAACAGACAAGAUUCGAGAAGUCCCCCAGGAUGCAACAGCCUACGCCAACCGCGGCGACUAUUACGACGCAAUGACUUCUUUUGCAUGGGAGAACCCAGCCUACGAUUCAGAGAUACGGCAGUUCAACAGGGGCCUGUGUAAGAGGAUCCGGGAGACGAAUGGGUAUUCAGCUACGGCGGGCGGACACUGGAGCAAGGGGCCUGUGGGAGUGUAUAUCAAUAUUGAGGCUGAUAGUAUAUCGCCUGAGGAUGCUUGGGGCGUGAAUCUGCCUAGGUUGAGGGAGUUGAAGAGGAAGUAUGAUCCGAAUAAUGUGUUUAACAAGUGGCAUGGUAUUGCUGAAGAUACAGCUGGGACGGUGUAA